CAAUAAUGUGUCUAAUUGAGGAGAUUAAAAUAAUAACUUCAAUUCCAAAAUUUCCAUUAUACACAACUUUAUGUAACAUGCAAGAUAUCACAAGAUUAUAAUCUAGUUUCAUUUCAUUUGUCCUAUUAAGGUCUACUGACUCUUGAUUUCAAAGAAUGGUUCUAUCACUCACCUAACAAAGUAAAACGACGUGGUAGCGAUGCACUUUUCAUCUUAUUUAAGUGAUUGUUGGACAGUCAUUUGUGAAUGCAACUUAAGGAUUUGAAGUUGUAAAAGGAAAAUAGAAAGUGAGUGAAAAUGAAUUAUUGGGUUCGUGUACUACUUCUCAUUUCUUGCAUUCUUCCAGCUUUGGUCGAGUGCAAAGUUAGACGCUACAAAUUUCAUGUGGUGGCCAAAAAUAUCAGUAGAUUAUGUUCAAGCAAAUCAAUUGUGACAGUUAAUGGGGAGUUCCCGGGACCCACUCUUUAUGCAAGAGAAGAUGAUACAGUGCUAGUCAGAGUUGUGAAUAAAGUCAACCACAAUAUUACCAUCCAUUGGCAUGGUAUUAGGCAAUUAAGAACAGGUUGGGCUGAUGGACCUGCAUAUGUAACACAAUGUCCAAUUCUACCAGGGCAUAGCUAUGUGUACAAUUUCACCAUUACAGGACAAAGAGGAACACUUCUUUGGCAUGCACAUGUUAAUUGGCUAAGGUCAACUGUUCAUGGUGCCAUAGUUAUCUUGCCAAAGAGAGGUGUCCCUUAUCCUUUCCCAAAACCAGAUGAAGAAUUGGUUUUGGUAUUAGGAGAGUGGUGGAAAUCUGAUACUGAAGCUAUUAUCAAUGAAGCUCUUAAAUCAGGAAUGGCACCAAAUGUCUCAGAUUCUCAUACCAUUAAUGGUUUUCCUGGGAAAGUUUCCAAUUGUUCUAAUCAAGAAGUUUACAACCUACCAGUAGAAAGUGGAAAAAGCUACCUGUUAAGAAUAAUCAAUGCUGCACUCAAUGAAGAACUGUUCUUCAAAAUAGCAAACCACAAACUAACAAUAGUAGAAGUUGAUGCAACAUAUGUAAAACCAUUUGAAAUUGAAACAAUUGUAAUAGCACCUGGCCAAACAACAAAUGUGUUAUUAAAAGCAAACCAAAAAAGUGGAAAAUAUUUAGUGGCAGCUUCACCUUUUAUGGAUGCACCAGUAGCUGUUGACAAUUUAACAGCCACAGCAACAUUACAUUACUCAGGACUUACUCUUUCAAACACCCCAACUUUUCUAACUACACCCCCUCCUAAAAAUUCUACAGAAAAUGCUAAUAAUUUUUUAAACUCUCUUAGAGGAUUAAAUUCCAAAACAUACCCUGUUAAUUUACCUUUAAAAAUUGAUCAUUCACUUUAUUUUACAAUUGGAUUAGGGCUUCAACCUUGUCCUUCAUGUAAAGCUGCAAAUGGUAGUAGAGUUGUAGCUGCUGUUAAUAAUGUAACAUUUGUUAUGCCAACUACUGCUUUACUACAAGCACAUUAUUUCAACAUUGGAGGUGUUUUUACUACGGAUUUUCCUCCAAAUCCACCUUUUUUUUUUAAUUUCACUGGGAGUGGACCAAAAAAUUUGAACACUGAUAGUGGUACAAAGGUUUAUAGGUUGAAAUUUAAUGAAACUGUUCAGCUUGUCAUGCAAGAUACUGGAAUUCUUACACUUGAGAAUCACCCUGUUCAUCUUCAUGGAUUUAAUUUCUUUGUUAUUGGUAGUGGACUUGGAAAUUAUAAUAGUACAAUUGAUUCCAAGAACUUUAACCUUGUUGAUCCUGUUGAAAGGAACACAGUUGGUGUUCCAGCUGGUGGAUGGGUUGCAAUUAGAUUCAGAGCUGAUAAUCCAGGAGUUUGGUUCAUGCAUUGUCAUUUGGAGAUACAUACAACUUGGGGUCUAAAGAUGGCUUUUUUGGUGGACAAUGGACAAGGUCCUAAGCAAUCAUUGAUACCUCCACCAAAAGAUCUUCCAAAAUGCUAAUAUUCCUCCCAUCAAUUGACCAUAAAAUUUAUUAAAAAAAAUGUGCCUUCCAAUGCACAAAGUAGGUGUGGAGGGAUACAGAGGAGCCAGGCAAAAAUGAGUGAAGGAAAAGAAAAAUGUAAUUUAAUAAGUGAGUAGCAUCAUUGUUUUUUGAUUGAGCAAAAGGGAGAAUUUGUUCAACCAUGUUUAAUAAAAAUGGAGUGUACAUUUUGGUUUUCAUCACACAAAAUUUUUAAGAGAUGCUAUGUAUAUGUAUUGGAACAAACAAGUGUACACUUUUGACUUUGUUGUUUGGUUAAUUAAUAUAAAAAAGGUUAUUUACUUCAUUAAA